UUUUUUACAGACAAUCCAAAUGUCAGAGACAAGCGGUUGAUAACUUGCCUGCAGGAGAAGGCCCGCCGGGAACUGCUUCAGUCAUGCUCAUCUCCUGGCAGCUCAGAGCGUGUGUCACAGCUGCUGCUUCGUCUUAUCCCACUCAAAACUUUUGUGCCUGCCAUCAUGGAGGAACUUUUUUUCUCAGCUCUGACAGGCUCUGUCCAGAUUGACAAUAUUAUUCCCUACAUCCUGCGCAUGGAAACGGCAGAAUACAAUCUGCAGAUGACUGGUCAGACCGGUGCUGCAGCUGUGGCUGGAAUAACUGGUGGGAUUGGUGUCCCUGCCUUACAUGACCCAAAUGCUCCAAAUCAACCCCCCAGUGUUCCUAUUCUGCUUGAGUCUAGCCAGAACCAGGUGACGCUCAGCUCUUCAGGGGAUGGGGGCAAUAACUCCAGGGGAUGUGGGGACCCCUCUUCCAACUCUACGCAUAAUACCAGUCUUGGUAUAAGAGCCUCAUUAAUAUCAGAUGCCGGACAGGUUUUGACACUUUACACAGACUCGGGCAACACAUCAUCACCACAAAACUCCACGUCUGCCACGUGAGAAAGCUUUUUGACCUGGGUGUUGACAACCUAGAAAUGCGUCUGAAUGAAAGAAAUGCCAUUGACGGACAAGUCAAAUACACACAUAUGUAAUAUAUUCAAUGUAUUUGUUUCUGCUAGUGCACUUGCACACCCCACUCUGUUAGUAGCAUAUUGGCUACAUCUCUACUGUGUAAUGGUAAUUGUUAAUGCUGUGUUAGAGCAGGACGAGGGGAUGGAGAACCAUAUUUCAAUUGAUUUGUGUGAUGCAUCUGCUUGUGUUCUGCUUGAAACUUAUGUGAUCCUGACAGUGAUUCUUGCAUACCGUCAAGUGGGAAUUAGAUUAACAUUAUCACCUUAAACUUUUGUGUUUGGUACUCAUCCCAUACAAAAUGUGCCAUUCUAGAACCAGUCUGCAGGAUUUCAGCCCUGUGCGAUCGCAACAUUUUAAUUUUAAGGCUGACUCAUUAAAAGUCAAAUUUUUAGAUUGCUGUGAAAAUGUAUGGGUGAGAUAGAUAUUUUUGAUGUCACUAAAAGCACUUGCAAGUUGCCUACUCCUGUGGAGAGUUAAUGAACAAUUUCAGAAUCAUUUCUGACCAGGCUUAAGUAAUAACUACUAAAAUGUUAACUUCUGGAAAACUCUUCUCUUUGCCUUUUACCAGCUUCUUCUGACAAUUUUAACAAAUAUUUUACAUACCUUAAUGAUCACAUGAGCCACAAGAUGUCUGUGGAGCUCACCUGUGUCCUUGAUCUCACCUUAAUUUGGGACACCCAGCCAUCUGUACAAGCCACACUGCACAAUCAUUCAUACUUCUACAAUCUGUGCACAGCUUAAAACGUUUUUCAAAAACAUCACUGAUUUUUUUUUUUUUCAUUGUUAGCCUCAUUUGUACCUACUACGCUGAAUGUACUUUCCUUUGCCUCAAUUAUUAUCAGUUAACUUGAGAGGUUUCAGUUUUUACAAAUUGGGCUUUAGAAAAGUGGUUGCUAAGUUGUUGGCAGUUCCCAUUGGUUCAAGAGAUAAAACCAUUCUUUAGGACAUAGAGAAAUGUGAACUUUUGUGUAACUUGAGAUGCUGCAAUUGUUUCUGAUUUAGGAUUAUAAAAAACCGAAGCACAUGGAUGAUGUAUGCGUGCGUGGCUUUUCAAUUAGAAUAUUUUUUUCACCAUUAAUAUUUAAAAUCUACAUAAUGUAACCCUUGGGUCUAAGUAAAGGCUGAGGGGCCCUCUCUUUCUUGCUGUUGUCUUUACAUUGUUUAAAUUUGUGUUUCCAUUUAGUUUGCUGAUAUUUGGGUCUGGAGGCCUGGCAUGACAACCUGCUUUUUUUGUUUCACUGUAUAUCUAAGUCUCUUUCAACAUUCACCUUUAUCUAAUGUUAAGGCUUUGCUAUAAUUUUGAUUUUUGUUCCAUUGAAGUACAUCUCCAUCUGUGGUUUCUUGAAUAGAAUGUGACAGUGGGUUUCCUCUGUAUAUAUACUAAGAUGUGAUAGCCAAUUUUUGGUAGGGUUCUGCUUAUUGGCUGGUUUCUGCAGGGUACCAGUUCAAAGUAUUUGGGAUUUAUGGUCCCCUAUGGCACUACAUUGUCCUUGUCAGUAAAAUUUUUAUUUCACCACUCAAGAAAAAUGUACUCUUAUACUACCGCCAAAAUUGUUUGAUUUUUUUUAUAAAUCUCUGUUAAAUAUAUGUGUCUGGACCAAAAGAUUAGAUCAGCUCAUACAUUAACAGGUGGAAUACAUUCUGAAUAGAUGG